ACCAUCAUUACAUGAGAAGAUGGAGACUUUCAGGUAUCUGUUUUGAACGUAUGAAAAGUUUAUGCUACCAUACCAUGUUUGCAACUAUGUAUCUUUAAUUGUUUUUGAAUAUAUUUUACGUCUGGAACGAAAUAGUGGAUAUGCAAACGGCACUUAGCUUGCUGCUCGUAAAAGCACCUGCCUUGCCAAGAAUGGGGGACACUUGGAACCACAACAUCAGCUCUUAUAACCGGUCCUCUACGGACCCAGACCGCUUCAGCAGCCUUGAGGACAUAGAUGUGACCGCCGACGGCAGUCCAGCGCUUCGAAUCAUGAUAUCAAUCGUGUAUUCUGUGGUUUGCGCAGCGGGUUUGGUGGGGAAUUUGUUAGUCGUUUUCUUAAUGAAAGUGAGACGAGGAAGAAAAAGGUCCACCAUACACUUUUUUGUUCUUAAUCUGGCCAUGACGGACUUCCAGUUUGUCCUGACCCUGCCUUUCUGGGCGGUGGACACCGCUCUGGACUUCAGCUGGCCGUUUGGGAACGCGAUGUGCAAGAUCAUUCUCUCUGUCACUGUUAUGAACAUGUACGCGAGUGUGUUCUUCCUCACUGCUAUGAGUGUCACGCGCUACUGGUCCGUUGCCUCGGCUCUAAAGGACCGGACUAGACACAGAUAUUGUUCGGUGAGAUGGGUAAGCGCAGUGCUCUGGGUCUCUGCCACUGUGGCCACCGCGCCAACGGCUAUUUUCUCCAAUAUGACAAACAUCGCUGGGGAGAAGCUCUGCCUUUUGCGGUUCCCGGAGGGCCAGCACUGGCUGGCUUUAUAUCACUUACAAAAAAUUAUAAUUGCCUUUGUUUUCCCCAUGCUCAUAGUAACAAUUUGCUAUUUGAUGCUCCUACGAUUCGUUCGCCUGAGGAGUAUGAACAAUAACCAUCCUAAACGGAGUAACAGAGUCACUAAAUCCGUCACCAUUGUGGUUCUUUCAUUCUUUUUGUGUUGGAUGCCAAAUCACGCCAUCACUUUCUGGGGCGUCCUGGUCAAAUUUAAUGUGGUGAACUGGGACAAAUCUUACUAUAUGGUUCACACCUAUGUUUUCCCUGUGACCGUGUGCCUGGCACAUGCCAAUAGUUGCUUGAACCCAUUUUUAUAUUGUCUCAUGCGAAGAGAGUUCAGGAAAAUGCUGAAGGAUUUAUUCUGGCGGGUUUCCUCACCUGUAAACAGCUGCCAAACACGUCCAUUUUCUGCAACUCUAAAAGCCUCUGUCCACGGUGACACCCAAAUACCUUUGAAUGUCAUAGACACCGACCUCUGUCAACUAUCCAUUGUAAAUGGGCAAUGUGACGCAUUAGCGGAGGACAGCCAACCAUAAAGGUAACUUAAUGCGUAAAACCAGAGCUCUAAGCCGCUUCGUAAAACAAUUCGUUUUUUUUACUGUUCAAAAGAGUCAAAUAUUACGAAAUGUAUUAUCCUCGACUCAAUGCAUAGGACUAAGAUGAAAACAUGAACUUUUCUUAAUUAACAGUAUUUAAGUUUACAAAUGAUGAUAUUAUAUCAUGUAGCCUACCAAAUUGCGCAUAAGAUGCCAGCUGCGCCAAGCAAAUAUUUGUCCCUCUGUGACUUCAAAGUAAUUUCUACCCAUGUACAUAGCGUACUACCGAACAUAAUUUAAGUUUAGGCCUACUUGGGGAUCUAUUUAAUCUGUAUCGCGGAAGUUCAGCGUUACAGCUUGAUUGAUAUUUUUAAGGCAAUAUUCCCGCAUUAGCAGACUGCAUUCAUAGUAAACGCAGUAUAUGUCGUCUCAAUCGGAAAUUACCUUUUCAUUUUUGUUGCAGAAUGUAAUACAGAUGAUUGAAAGGCCCUUGACCUUGCUAAAUCAAUGCUAUAUUGUCGUUACAUUGCGCUUUUGGACAGUUUUUAAAUCGAACAAAAACGUUGGCUACUGCCUGAACGCCUGGUGUGAUUUCCAUAGCUAUUGGUUGUAGUAGGUGUGUAAGUGUGGUAUAGUAAGUGUGGUGUAGGCCUAGGUGUAUUUUGAGACAAAUAUUGUUAUUUCCAUUUUGCAAAGUAAAAUGCAAGUGUCAAAUUAUUUUCAGUAAUUCAAAGUAUUUCAUUAACAGAUGCUUUUAAACUUUGUGACUAGGGAUGAAUAUUUUCCCUGAAACUUUCCAACUUUCAGUACCGGGAAUACUUCAUAUGUAUGUAUCCAUUGAGUCCCGGAAAGUACGUAAAAAAUCGGAAGUGCCCAAUUCAAAGCGUUUAAAACCAAGAUAUGGCCACUAUGCCAGGGUUCUCCCCAAAUAAUAAUGACUCCUGGCGCUGUGCCACCUUGUCGACUGGGCUGCACCACUAUGUAAAGAUUUCAGAGAAAAUGAAACUGAUAUUUAGUAAUGAACUAUCUUUGAUCGCCAAUGACACUGUUGUGAAUUAAAUUCCAUAAAUUCCGAGCAUUAUCAUGUUCCUCAAUUAAUGUAGUGCAUAUCUCGACACAGAGCGCGCUCAGGACGCACAGAGCGCACCCCGAGUACAGCGUUGUCAAAUCAUGCAAACUUGCUAAGCUUGUUAACUUCCUUCAACGAAUGACUUAAUAUAUUCUAUAUUUGGCUAAAUCGAGUUGAUGAUUAUACAGAUAGGAUAUCAGGUCAUUAAUAACAGGGAGAUUUAAGAGUAGAAAUAGUUUAAAAUAUCAAGGAAUCUUAACAGGGACCAACUCUAAAAAUAUCCAUAUCUACUUUCAUAUGGUCUGUUGAUCACGCAUACCGAAGCUCCCAUCUGGGCAGGAACUAUACAGUAGAAUUUUCACUCAUGCCUCUCUGAAUUGUUAACAGACUGUGACAGAGAUGCCAAUAUAGGGAUUUGUGCAAAGGCCUAUCAAAUGUGUGACUGUCUGGAGAGCCACAAUGACAGCUCAAAUAGGCACACGUUAUUUUACUAUUGUACGGGUUUCCUGUAGGGCAGAGCUCUCCUUCCUGGAGAGCCACCAUCCUGUAUGUGUUCACUUCAAACCUAAUCUAGCACACCUGAUUCUAAUAAUUAUCUAGUUGAUAAGAAUCAGAUUAGUUACAAUUGGAGUUGGAGUGAAAACCUUUAAAGGAGGGUAGCGGUGUCAAUUAUGUGUGUGCUUUGAAUUUAUGGCAACUUUCUGUGAAGUAAAUACCUAGGCUAAAGGCUUCCAUGUGACAACCUGUUUGGAUAAUGUGUUUUGAAAAAAAUCGCUAAUCUGCAUGUUGUGUAUUUUGUGGAAUUUUAUUAGUGCGACAUUGGAACAUUUUUAUAGGCUACUUUCCCAGGUCUUGUCAUUACAUUUUUUCUGGAAAUAUAAAGAGGGUAAACAGGUUACACAUGUUGUGACUGUAGCCUAUGUCUAUUCCAAGGAUUUAUAUAGUCUAUACACUAGAUUACUAUUUUGGUGGCGCUGUGUUGUAGCCACUGUUCCUCCAGCUUGGAACUCCCACACGUUGUAAAAAAAUAUUUUGGAAGCUAUAGCAAUGCAUUAAUGUCUACGUUUUGUUUUUGCCACAUUUAUUCUAUUACAGACAACUUGAUGCAUUAAAGUAUACAUUUUUUGAGAUUGCUAAUGUUGCUGUCCCCACUACAACAACAAAAAAAUACGAUCCCCAAGACACCGAUCUUUGGGAUCGGUGUCCCGCCCACGAGAUGGUUGAGCUAACGUAGGCUAAUGCGAUUAGCAUGAGGUUGUAAGUAACAAGAACAUUUCCCAGGACAUAGACAUAUCUGAUAUUGGCAGAAAGCUUAAAUUCUUGUUAAUCUAACUGCACUGUCCAAUUUACAGUAACCAUUACAGUGAAAGAAUACCAUGCUAUUGUUUGAGAAGAGUGCACCAUUUUGAACAUGAAAACUUAUUAAUAAACAAAUUGGGCAUAUUUGGGCACUGGUUUAAAAAAGCAUUAACAGAAAUGCAAUGGUUCAUUGGAUCAGUCUAAAGCGUUGCACAUGCACUGCUGCCAUCUAGUGUACAAAAUCUAAAUUGCACCUGGACUGGAAUAAUACAUUAUGGCCUUUCUCUUGCAUUUCAAAUGCAAUGUACAACAUUUUUUUCAAAAUAACGGUUGGCUUUGUCUUUGUUUUAUCCUUUAUCAGAGCUAUUGUGAUAUAUUCUCCUACAUUCCUUUCACAUUUACACAAACUUCAAAGUGUUUCCUAUCAAAUGGUACCAAGAAUAUGCAUAUCCUUGCUUCAGGGCCUGUAAUUGUGUCCUGGAAACAUUUAAUUGCAAUACUGUAUAAUUACAUUAAUUCCUGUGGAGGACUGCUCCUACUGGGGAGUGCCAAUAUGGCCAACCGAUGGCUUCAAAGCCUCUCAAUAGCCAGGGUUUAUGAACAUCAUUGGCUUAUUUUAUUAUGAACUACAAGGAGACCUUUGGAAACAUGUGUGAUGUAAAUAUUAUAAAAGUUUCUGUGACUCAUGCCUGUGAAAUACAUGUACUCUUCACUAAACAAAUGUAACGACUGAUAUGUCAACCAAUACAUUUGCACAAUACAAUUAUUUCUCAUGGCCAUUGUUUGUCUCAUUUAGCAGUGAUGUUAACAAGUUUGGCACUAAACAAAAAUAAGUGGAAAAUCAUCAACACAAUAAAAACUAUACAUUUUGGAAAAACGGCAGUGCCAAGAGUAAGACAGAACUGGCAGGAGUUAAUAUACGAUAAGUGAAUUUGUCCAAAUACUUAUGACUUCUUCAAAAGGAGGGACUAGAUACAUAAGGUGCUUUCAUUUCUGAAUAGUAAAAGCAGUGGUGUAAAGUACUUUUAAGUAAAAAUACUUUAAAGUACUUCUUAUGUAGUUUUUAUGGGGAUAUGUACUUUACUAUUUAUAUUUUUGACUACUUUUACUUCACUACAUUCCUAAAGAACAUUAUGCACUUUUUACUCCAUACAUUUCCCCUGACACCCAAAAGUGCUCGUUACAUUUUGAAUGCUUAGUAGGACAGAAAAUGGUUCAAUUCUCACACUAAUAAAAACUUCCCUGGUCAUCCCUACUGCCUCUGAUCUGGCAGACUCACUUAACACAAAUGCUUUGUUUUUAAAUGAUGUCUGAGUGUUGGAGUGUGACCCUGGCUAUCCGUAAAUAAAAGAAAAUUCUCUGGUUUGCUUAAA